CUGCUGCCCUUUGCUCCUCUUCCUCACUUCGUGACAUUGAGAAGAAGCUUCCAGCCAUUCCUUCAUAGCAGCCGGUCGGCGUCAUGAGGCUGACGGCGGUGCUGUCCGUCGCCGCCCGGGUGGUGGUGCCCAAGGACUAUCGCUACGGAACCAAUAGGCCGUGGACCGUGGCUGCCAAGCGGCUCAAUCCCCCGGGCAAGAGGCGGAAAAAAGUGUUCGUGGAGCCCAUCGCCUCCGAGGACUGGUCUGUGCUCCGAGGGGACACGGUGGAGAUUCUGUCUGGGAAGGAUAAAGGCAAACAGGGGAAAGUCACCCAAGUCUUCAGACACAGAAACUGGGUCAUACUGGAAGGUCUCAAUACGCAUUAUAGGUACAUCGGAAAAAGUGGGGAUUAUCGCGGGACCUACAUCGCCAGCGAAGCUCCCAUCCUGCUGCGGGAUGUCGGCCUCGUCGACCCCGCGGACCGGAAGCCGACUGAAGUGGAGUGGAGGUUCACGGAGGAGGGCGAGAGGGUGCGAGUGUCGCUCCGGACCGGUCGCGUCAUCCCCAAACCGGUGGUGGAGCGGCGAGACGGCAUCGUGCCUCUACAGUGGAAAGAUGGUCCCAAAGACACCAGCCCAGAGGACACAGUGGAGAAGACCUACACGCCCUCAUUGAAGACCCUAGAGGAGGAGGUGAUGGAGAAGAUGGGCAUCCAGGAGGACAGGCGGCACCGGCGGUCCUACUGGUACUGAGCCUGGACGGCAGAUGCUCUUGUGUGCCCAUUUUCCCUUUUUUGUUUAAAAUGGACUGUGUAUUGUUGUUAUAUCAUGAAUAAAUGCCACAUUUAAUAGUC